AUGAAUCUUCCGGAUGAUUUAUUAGUACCAAGUACUUUACCUAUUACUAGGCAAAGCAGAAAAAAAAGAAUGUAUGAUGAGCUAUGUGCAGACGAAACACCAGAGUUACCAUUAGACAAGUUCAGAGUUGAAACUUAUCAAUCAAUAGUUGAUCACAUUAAUAAUAGUUUAAAUGAACGCUUCACCGACAACAAUCAAAUGAUAGCGGAUGUUCAAUACUUGAUACCUAAAAAUUUUAAACAAAUUGAACAAAUGCCAAACACAGCUUUAAAACACUUGGCCAAUUUAGCAAAUUUAGAUCACAUACAACUUUGCUUAGAACUAAAUAAUUUUUCUAAAAUGUAUCCCAAGUUAAAAAUGUCUACAACAGAAAGAACUAAACAAAUAUACCGUCAAUUUGAUACUGAUUCAGAUGAAAACACAGAUAAUGAUGAAGAAAAUAUGAAUUAUGAUGCAGCAUUUUCUUGUAACAACAAAAACAGCAUACAUGAUACUAACAAUUGUUUACAAUGUGUAUACAAACUUGUAUACAAUUUAAACAUGCAUGUCUCGGCUUAUACUCAACUAUGUGCUUCAUAUGAGUUUUUUCUUACUUUGUCGUUCACCGAAGUCAACUGCGAAAGGACAUUCAGCAAACUUAAGCUUGUGAAAACAAGACUCAGAGCCAAUAUAAGUCAAGAUAAUUUAGAAGCACUCUUAAUUAUGAGUGUUGAAAAACAAUUACUCAAUGAAAUUGAAAUUUCAAAUGUCAUUGAAUAUUUAAAAGCUAGUUCUACAGUAAUGGCUAAAAUGUUUUCAAUAUAAAAUUGUCAUUUAAGUUUUGUUUUAUAUAAUUUAAGUAUUUUCUUAACUAUAAUAAAUAAUAAUGCAUUAAUUUGUAUGGAUUAUGAUUCUUCUUCUUCAUUCUCUGGCAUGACUACUCUCUAAGAGAUUUUGCUGACAUUACUAAACUUUGCCACCUAUCUCUAUCUAUGAAUUAUAAUAUAUGAAAA